GUGUGUGUGUGUGUGUGUGUGUGUGUGUGUGUGUGUGUGUGUGUGUAAAAUCAUGUUCUCUCCUUGUGUGUAUUAAAUGACUUCAUGAUGUCAUCAGUGUGUGUGUUGCGGUGUAACAUGGUGGUGUCCCGGCUCCUCGGUGCCGGCGGUCUGGGGCUCGGUUCCGGUCAGAUCUCCGGGUUCAGCGCGCGCUUUCAUAAUCAUCUAGGUUGGAGUGUGUGGGGGCUCAGAGACAUUACACACACACACACUGCACACACUCACAGCGGAGGGGUGUGUGUCACGGAGAGAGAGGUGCGGGUCCGAUUCGCCCCGAGUCCCACCGGGUUUCUGCACCUGGGCGGUUUGCGUACAGCGCUCUAUAACUUCCUGUUUGCGAGGCAGCAUGGUGGGAGGUUCAUCCUGCGGCUUGAGGACACGGAUCGGUCCCGCCUCGUACCCGGGGCAGCGCUGGACAUCGAACACACACUCCAGUGGGCGGGAAUUACCCCGGAUGAGAGUGACUCUAGAGGAGGUGUGUAUGGUCCGUAUGUCCAGUCUCAGCGGUUGAGUCUGUAUUCUGCUGCUGCAGUGUCUCUGAUAGAAUCAGGCCACGCCUACUACUGCUUCUGCACCAAUCACAGAUUAGAGCUGCUCAAGACGGAAGCACUGCGCAGAGGACAGACACCACGAUAUGAUAACAGGUGCAGGCAUCUCCACGCUGAUCAGGUGCAGGAGAACCUGGCUCAGGGAAAACCCCAUGCUGUUCGCUUUCGUCUGCACAUGAAGGCGGAGCCGUUCGAGGACCUGGUGUUUGGUUGGACGGGGCACGCGGUGGGGGAGGUGGAGGGAGACCCUGUGAUCCUGAAGAAUGACGGAUUCCCCACCUAUCACCUGGCCAACGUGGUGGACGAUGCACACAUGCACGUGAGCCAUGUUCUGCGUGGGGCUGAGUGGCUGACCUCCACCUGUAAACACCUGCAGUUGUACCGUGCCCUGCACAUGACUCCGCCCACUUACGCUCACCUGCCGCUACUGCUGAACCCGGACGGAAGCAAACUGUCCAAACGGCAGGGGGACAUCUACAUCUCACACUUCAGACAGCAGGGAGCCCUGCCCGAGGCGCUACUCGACCUCAUCACUAACUGCGGCUCCGGGUUCCACUCUAAUCGUGUUGGCCGAAAUCUGAAGGAGCUGAUAAGCGAAUUUGACAUCUCAAAAAUCGUAACACACUCGGCUGUGCUGGAUCUAAAAAAACUCCCAGAAUUUAACAGGGUUCACCUGCAGCAGCGUAUUGAGGAUGAGCGUCAGUGUCGCCUCCUGGUGGACGAAGUGAAGAAUCUCCUCACACUCACUUACACUGAUCAGAUACAGGAAGAGAAAGUUCUGGAUCACAAUUACAUCCUCAGAGUACUGCACAUGAGGAAGCGUCAUAUCUCAUCAGUGAGAGACCUGCUCUCUCCCAUGUACUCGUACCUGUGGCUCCGCCCCUCUGUAUCCCGGCAACAGCUGGAGGAGAUGAGCUCUGAAUCACAUGACAUCAUCAGUCGCAUCAUGCAGGUAAUUAAAGGAUGUAAUGGUGAAUACACUCCUGAGUUCCUCACAGGGGAACUGAAGCUCAUCGCCAAAAAACUACGGAAAACCAAAUACAGUUCAGUUAUGAAGCUACUGAGACUUGCUCUGACUGGACAACAGGGACCCAGUGUGGGUGAGAUCAUGGUCUCUCUUGGUGAGGAGGAGGUUUGCUGUCGCCUACAAAAAAGUUUAGAAGCAUAAUUCCAGAAGCCCACUUGUUUUGGAGAACUCUAGAACCCUGAGAAUCCUGACUGAACUUUAGAGCCCUGAUUGAACCCUAGAACCCUAACUGAUUUGGAGAACUCUAGAACCCUGUCUGUUUUGGAGAACUCUAGAACCCUGGUGGAUUUGGGGAAACUCCACGGCUCAGAUUAUUUAGUACUGUUCUAAUUGAGCUGUAAUUUUCUUUGUUUUAUACUAAAUAAAAAAAAGUGUUUAAUAUGUAAA